AUGAAUUUUGACCAGGAACCUGCUCCAGAUCCAAAAUGGAUCCCUGGAGUGCAGAAGCCCAUCGAUCACAAAGACUUGAUUGAGAUGAGCAACUUGGACGGGCAGUCCACAUAUGCCAGGGACUUUCCCAAGAACCCAACGGCCACCCCGGCUGAGCUGUUGCCGGACAACCUGCACCCUUUGCCCAGCGAGAUCACGUCCGAAACUUGGUACUCGUCGGAGAUCCUGAGCAACUGCAAUUUGGACGGCCAGUCCAUGUUUGCCAAGUACCCAGCGGCCACCCCGGCUAAGCUGUUGCCCAACAAAACCAACCUGCACUUUUUGCCCGGCAAGAUCGACUCUGCAGCAUUGUACUCGUCGGAGUUCCAAGAGCACGAGGGCGACGGAAAUUGCUUGAUUACAGAUCGCGAUUGUCCUAAUGAAGAACACCUCCUCCAGUUCCUCAAGCCUCCAUUUGCAAAAGGAAGAAAUGAAGAUUACAAAAACCAGUUGGUUUUUUUUGAGGCAGCCCAACUGGGUUUGAAAUACGUUGGAAAGGCAGAACCUGAAGAGCCUUUGGAGGAGCUGGACCCUGACUGGUUGGAAGGUUACUUCCAAAGCAUAGAAAAAAAAGAAGUGGAGCCCCAGAAAAACAACGCAGACAAUUCUGACCUUGUUUUUGAGAAUGAAGAGGACAUGGAAUUUGUGAUGGAUAACAUCUUGGAUGUUAAUUUGGCUCCCACUGAAUGUGCCAUGAGUGAUUUUGACCCCGAAACGUUGCUGCCCUUUGACGAGGCGGACUAUCAAAUUUUGGAAAAUCUGAUCCUCCAGGAGCUCCAGGAGACAGCCUUUGAUUCAGACAAAAUCGUUGGUGAAGCUGAACAGGAGCAGGAGCAUCCCUGGAUCAUCCACCAAAGUGAAUGCGAGCGUUUGCAGAUGACUAAUGAAAAAAGGGACCUGAACAAAAUGGUUCAAGAUUACAAGACCCCGGCUGAGCUGUUUCCGGACAACCUGCACCCUUUGCCCAGCGAGAUCGAGUGCGGAACUUGGUACUCGUCGGAGAUCCUGAGCAACUGCAAUUUGGACGGCCAGUCCAUGUUUGCCAAGUACCCAGCGGCCACCCCGGCUAAGCUGUUGCCCAACAAAACCAACCUGCACUUUUUGCCUGGCGAGAUCGAAUCUGCAGCAUUGUACUCAUCGGAGUUCCAAGAUUGUCCUGAUGAAGAACACCUCCUCAAGUUCGUCAAGCCUCCAUUGGCAAAAGGAAGAAUUGAAGAUCCCAAAAACCACUUGGAUUUUUUUGAGGCAGCCCAACUGGGCUUGAAGAACGUUGAAAAUGCAGAAGCUGCAGAGCCUUUGGAAGAGCUGGACCCUGACUGGUUGGAAGGUUACUUCCAAAGCUUAGAAAAAAAAGAAGUGGAACCGCAGAAAAACAACGCAGACAAUUCUGAUCUGCUUGUUUUUGAGAAUGAAGAGGAUAUGGAGUUUUUGAUGGAUGACAUCUUGGAUGUUAAUUUGGCUCCCACUGAUUCCAAUAUUGAGUGUGCCGGGAGUGAAUUUGACCCCGAAACGUUGCUGCCCUUUGACGAGGCAGACUAUCAAAUUUUGGAAAAUCUGAUCCUCCUGGAGCUCCAGGAGACAGCCUUUGGUUCAGACGAAAGCGUUGGUGAAGCUGAACAAGAGCAGGAGCAUCCCUGGAUCAAAUUCCACCAAGGUGAAUGCGAGCGUUUGCGGAUGUCUAAUGAAAAAAGGGACCUGAACAAAAUUGUUCAAGAUUACAAGAAGUUCAGGGAUGAACAAGGAUGUUAA